AUGGCUUCGAUCAACAUCCCUUCCAAUGUCCUCGCUGCGGUCAAGAUAUUUGCUGCUGCUGGCAUCCUGUACAAGCUGAACCAGACCCUCUCCCGGCUGGCCCUGAACAACUGGGUCUCGGAUCCAUGGGACUGGGCUCGCGAGAUUGUGUUGAUUACGGGUGGAUCCAGUGGCAUUGGAGAGCAGAUGGUGCACAGGCUGGCAGAGCACGGCAUCACCGUGGUCAUACUGGAUCUCGUGGCGCCGCAGACUGCGACGCCAGAUAAAGUGCACUUCUACCAGUGCGACAUCACAUCACCAGAGGCAGUUCACGCAGCAGCACAGCAGAUCCGCAAAGACGUCGGCCAUCCAACUGUCUUGGUCAACAAUGCCGGAAUUGCAAAUGGGAAGUCUAUCCUCGACGAAGCAGACGAGGGGACCAAACGCAUCUUUGAUGUCAACAGCAUUGCGCAUUUCCGACUCGUGCGCGAGUUUCUCCCCCACAUGAUUGAGCGGAACCAUGGCCAUGUCAUCACGAUUGCCAGCAUGGCAUCCUUUAUGACGGUCAGCCCCGGUGUCGCCUAUUCCUGCACCAAAGCAGCCGCCUUGAGCUUCAGCGAAGGGUUGGCGCUCGAGCUCCACUACCAGCACAAAGCAAACAAAGUCAGGACGUCCGUGGUUCAUCCGACAUGGGUGCGCACACCCCUCAUCAAGCAAGCGCUCGACAGCGGCAAGUGGAAGCAAUACACACUGGACGCCGGCACGGUUGCCGAUGCCGUUGUUGCGCAGAUUCUGGCAGGAGAAAGUGGGCAGAUCUGCGUGCCAGGGACAUACACCUGGCUGUCGUGCAUCAGGGCCUUUCCCAACUGGCUGCAGCAGUGGGUGCGGAAUUACCAGACAGAGCUGCUGGAAGCCUCUGUAUAA